GAACGAGGUUCUUUUCAAAGAAGUUUUUAUUCUUUUCUGCUGCCAUUUUCUUCAUUUUGGCCAGUUUUUCGGCUUCAAAAUGAUGCAGCCACACGGAGAAAAAAGCCUUAACAUGGAAUCCAAUGAACCUGACUCUAAAGUAGACAUUGUAAAAGAAGUUGCUAGUGCUUUAGAAGACGAAGACGUGAGAAAAGAUGAGCCUAAACCUGUUAGUAGACUUCCAUCUACGACAACAAGUGCCACGACUGCCGAGCAAAAACAACCUACUACAAGCUCUCCUGUGACGAUAUCCAAAGGCUCUAGCCCAAGUCAACCAACGCCGAGCUCAAGCUCAAAGAUUCUAGCAAGUCCUCCUCAAGAAAGAAUAAGAUCGGAGCCAACACCAGCUCAAAAAACACCAAGUACUGCAGCAAGUGGUGUUGGUACAGAGAACAGUUCUACAACGUGGCAGUCCACAACACAGUCUAGUGACGAUGGCGGAGGGAUGUGGGGAUGGAUGUCAAGUGCUGUCACUGCUGGCUUACAAACUACACAGAAUAUUGGCAGAAAUAUCGUAGAGAAAACGAAGUCCUCUGUAGAUACAGUGAUAACGACAUUAGACCCAGCGAUGGAAGACUAUUUACAUAACAGAAGUCAAGGAGUCAAUCUUGUUCUAACAACAGAACACAUGCCAACCAUUGAAGCAAUUAAGGAUGGAUUUCGACAGAUUUUUGAGUUGGCAUUUUUCAAAGGCUUAUCCUCAGCAUCCAGCAUUGCACCUCUACCAACUGGUUGCUCUGCUGGCCUCAAAGGAGCUCAGCACAGAGUAUCUCAUCUUCGGAGAACCAAGAAAGUAAAAGAAGAUGAGAUAGUCAUUGGUGUUGAAGAACUUGUUGCUGAAUUGAUACCUGGAAAGUGGUUCAGCAUGUUUUGUUUGUAUCUGAAUGACCCAAACCUCAAGAUUGAUCUUCAGACAUUUUCACAAGCUCUUGAAGUCCCAAAGGAAUACAUAUCCAAAGCAGAACAAAGCACACCUUCAAAUUACAAUCUACGCUGGUCAGGACUCUCUUACACUCUAGGUGAGGUCGUUUUAGGGACUGGUAACUCACAAGGAGAUUGGCAGACAAAAGUAGGAGGUUGUUCAAGAAAGCAAAUACUCACAAUGGCAUCCAAGAAUUUAGCAGGGCAAUAUAAAACCAAAUGUAAUGAAAAAAUAGAAUCAGUUAUGGACAAGGCUGUUGUCCUGUAGAAUAAUAAUCAUAUAAUCUUAGCAAGAACUCUUUUUAAAAGUAUUUUCUCCAGAGGCACGGAUUAUAGCGGAAAUUAGCUGCUACGAUGUCAGAAAUAGGUUAAUCACUUUUAUGAAAGAUGUUGAUUAAUCAAACAGCUGAUAUUUGGAAAGAAAAAAAUUGCUUAGGUGGACAUUACAUAUAAAAUAAAGGAAGUAUAUAUAUUUAUAGAGUAUGGUCAAAAAAAUCUAUGCUAUCAUUACUAUCUGCAUUUCAACCUUUGCACAAGGUAGAGUAGUGACUUCCAUGGGGUAUAGCUUCUAUAAAGUGAAAAUGUAAAUAUAGUGUAGUUAUAAGCAAGUUGAAUUUCAGUAGGUCAUUUCAAAAAUGUCAAGAGAAGGGGUAAUAAAUAUUUUACUUAUGACCAGACACCUCUAUUUUAACGCGGUAGCCAUUUUAGUUACAAAAUGUCACUGUUAUCAAUAGGAGCCCUAAUAAAUAUAACAGUGCAAAAUGUAAAAGUGUGACAUACUUUUAUGCACAUGCUUUCUUGGGAUAAACCAACACAUUUUGAUGCAAAGCUGGCUGGUUUUUCCACAUAAGGCAGCAAAAAGCCUUGACAUAGAAGAAUGAGGAUACAUUAAAUGUGGUUGUAAUUUUGUGCGUCACACGUAAGCAGUAUGAUCUCUAAUAAUUAUUAUAUUGUAAGAAAAGUGAAACCAUGGGAUUUAACAGCUGUUAUUCAUUCCAAAACAAUGCAAUACAAUUAUUUUAUUGGGUAAUAAAGAUUUAUACUCCAAGA